CAGAGAGAGGGAUUGCUGCUGCGCAGUGCAGAGAGGAGAGUGGUGAAUUGUGGUUGUCCAGAGAGCCAGCCCGUGUCCUCCGCCCAGCCACCCUGAUGUCCGUCAUGGCUGUGUAUCUGGGCCUCCUCGUGCUGGCUCUCAGCGUUUCUGCACAGGAAUUCCCAUCAGGCCCUCACGGCUGCAUGGAAGGUAGCUGUUAUCCAGCAACGGGAAACCUUCUCAUUGGACGAGCCAUUAAUCUGACCGCUACCUCGACGUGUGGCCUGGAUGGGCCAGAGCACUAUUGUAUUGUUAGCCACCUUCAGGAGUCGGACAAGUGCUUCCAGUGUAACUCGCAGCACCACUACGACCCUCACCACCACAGGAACAGCCACCGUGUGGACAACGUCAUCUACCUCAAGGACGGCUACGGAAACCUCACCUGGUGGCAGUCUGUCAAUGGACAGGAAAGUGUGAGCAUCAGAUUGAACCUGGAGGCUGAAUUCCACUUUACACAUCUCAUAAUGAAGUUCAAGACGUUUCGACCUGCAGCCAUGCUGAUUGAGCGCUCAGCCGAUUUUGGUCGCACCUGGCGUCCGUACCGCUACUUUGCGCAGAACUGCACCAAGAUAUUCCCCAGCAUCCCUGCCAACGGCCUGCGACACAUCAAUGACGUCAUUUGUGAGGAGCGCUACUCCGACAUCGAGCCUUCCACUGAGGGAGAGGUGAUUUAUAAAGUUUUGGAUCCUGCCAUUGAUGUGAAAGACCCAUACAGUCUGGACAUUCAAGAGCUCUUGCGCAUCACUAACCUGCGCAUCAACUUCACCAAGCUUCUCACUCUGGGGGACAACCUGCUGGACCGUCGCCCUGACGUGCUGCAGAAGUAUUAUUAUGCCAUUUAUGAACUAGUAGUCAGGGGGAGCUGCUUCUGCUAUGGACAUGCAUCAGAGUGUGCACCAGUACCAGGAGUGGACACCAGGGAGACUGGCAUGAUCCACGGUCGCUGCGUGUGCAAACACAACACAGAGGGUCUGAACUGUGAACGAUGCCGUGACUUCCACAAUGAUCUGCCCUGGAGACCAGCCGAAGCCGACAACCCGCACACCUGCAGAGAGUGUAACUGUAACGGCCACUCCAGCCAAUGUCACUUUGACAUGGCGGUGUACCUGGCCACGGGCAACGCCAGCGGAGGAGUGUGUGACGACUGUCUCCACAACACAAUGGGCCGCAACUGUGAGAUGUGCAAACCUUUCUACUACAAGGACCCAAGCCGGGAUAUCAGAGACCCUCGGGUCUGUGUGGUGUGUGACUGUGACCCAGUCGGGUCGCAGGAGGGCGGUGUGUGUGACAGUCACACCGAUCUGGACAUGGGGAUGAUUGCCGGCCAGUGCCGCUGUAAGGCAAACGUCAAGGGGACACGCUGUGACUACUGCAAAGAGGGCUAUUACGGUCUCAGCCAGAAUGACCCGCUGGGCUGCCAGCCGUGUAACUGUGAUCCUCGUGGGAUCAUCAUGAUGGGAGCGCCUUGUGACCAGAUUAGCGGGGACUGCUCCUGUAAGAGAUAUGUCACUGGACGCUACUGCAACCAGUGUCUGCCUGAGUACUGGGGACUCAGCAAUGACUUGGCUGGCUGCAGACCAUGUGACUGUGACUUCGGUGGAGCCUAUAACAACAGGUGCAUGAUGGAGAGUGGUCAGUGUGACUGCAGGAGACAUCUAAUAGGUCGGCAGUGUUCAGAGGUGCAGCCUGGGUAUUUCUGCGCUCCACUUGACUAUUAUAAAUAUGAGGCUGAAGAGGCCACCGGGCACUCCCCUGAUGACUCUGCCCUGCCAGGCAGAGCUAGACCUCAGGCGGAGAUCGACUGCGUGGAGCACCUCAAUAACCAGCUGAGGAGGCACCGCCGUCACCGGCGCAUCGCUGCCACUCAGCAGCAGAGAGCAGCACUGAGACGCAUCCGCCAGCUGCAGCAGACGCCUGAUGUGAGGACGGUCCACAGAGAGUGGCGCUCCAGCCACAUGGUGACGUGGACCGGUCCCGGUUUUGCCAGGGUGAAGGAUGGAGCUGGCCUGGUGUUCACCAUCGACAACAUCCCCUACGCCAUGGACUACAAUGUUAUGAUGCGCUAUGAACCUGAGUCUACCGAGGACUGGGAAGCCAUUGUGAGCAUCACCUCCGUGCUGUUACCCAGCAGCCCUCGCUGUGGAAACCUACUUCCCACUGAGCAGCUCUACACAAUCACCCUACCCCACCGUAAGAGAUACGUCCAGAUUCCCAGGCCCUUCUGUUUCGAGCCCAGCAAUCGUUACGUGGUGGCCAUCAGGUUCCAGCGCCACGGCGUCUCCCACAGGCAUCUCACGGCCUUCAUCCUCAUUGACUCGCUGGUUCUUAUUCCCAAGUACACCGAGCUUCCUGGAUUCCAAGGAAACGAUCCGGAGGUUGAGCAGCGACGUGAGGAGAUGAUUCGCUACAUGUGUCUGGACUCCUUCAUGAUCACACCCAUGCCUGCUCUGGCUGAGAUGUGUGCUAAACUCAUCUGUAGCAUCUCAUCUAUCAUUCAUGAUGGUGCACUGCCCUGCCAAUGUGAUCCCCAGGGUUCCCUGAGUGCUGAGUGUGAUAAGGUCGGAGGUCAGUGCCAUUGUAAACCCAAUGUGAUUGGUCGGCGCUGUGACCAAUGUGCCCCAGGAACCUAUGGCUUUGGACCUUAUGGUUGUACUGCUUGUGAUUGCCACUCCCAGGGUUCUUUGACCCACCAGUGUGACCCACUGACAGGCCAGUGCCCAUGCAGGCAAGGUGCCACUGGGCGUCAGUGCUCUGAGUGCCAACCCGGCCAGUGGGGCUUUCCUAGCUGUAGCCCCUGCCAGUGUAACGGCCAUGCAGAGAGCUGCGACCCACAUACUGGCGAGUGCAGAGCCUGCAGAGACUAUACAGCUGGACACCUUUGUGAAAGGUGUGAGGAUGGAUUCUUUGGAAACCCAGUGCUGGGCUCUGGGGAACACUGCCGUCCUUGCCCGUGUCCAGGUAACCCAGGGAGUGAUCACUUUAAUGGGGAAACCUGCCAUGCAGACCACUCCUCGAACCAGAUUAUCUGUAACUGCAAGCAAGGCUAUACCGGUCCACGGUGCGAUCAAUGUGCUCCUGGUUAUUAUGGCAAUCCAGAGCAACCUGGAGGACAGUGCCGCCCAUGCGAGUGCAGCAGCAACAUCGACACGCAGGACCCUGGGUCAUGUGACCCCAGAACUGGCCAGUGCCUGAAGUGCCUGUACCACACGGACGGCCCCUCUUGUUCCCACUGUAAACAUGGUUACUAUGGCAACGCACCAGCCCACGACUGCAGACGUUGUACCUGUGUGACGGCGGGCACCCUGCAGUCACACUGCAGUGAUGGAGAGUGCCACUGUGACAGGCAGACUGGCGCCUGCUCCUGCAGGGAGAACGUGGUGGGCCACAACUGUGACCUGUGUGCCCCCAACCACUGGAACUAUGGUCAGGACAGAGGCUGUGAGUCCUGUGGCUGCAACCCUCAGCACGCUCUGGGGACUCACUGCAACAUGUUCUCAGGCCAAUGCCAUUGUCGUCCUGGCUUUGGGGGUAAGCAGUGUACCGAGUGUGAGCAGUUCCACUGGGGAGACCCACGAGUGCAGUGUGAUGAGUGCAACUGCCACCGGCUGGGCUCCGAGACGGCCCAGUGUGAUCGAGUGACUGGGGCCUGCGAAUGCAGGGACGGUGCGGCAGGCAGGCGCUGCGACCAGUGCGCUCGCGGCUUCACCGGCGUCUUCCCUAAAUGUGUCCAGUGUCACCCGUGCUUCCAGCUGUGGGACGAUGCCGUGUCUCAGAUCAGGCGAGACCUGGACCACAUCCAGCGUGUAGUAAGGAAGAUCCUGGAGCAAGGAGGGACGCCAGGAAUUGGGGAUGAGAAGGUCAGAGAGCUGGAGAAGAAGCUUAGGCGUGUUCAGGAUCUGCUCAGUAGUGGAGACAGUGACAGGAUACAUCAGCUGAUUGGACAGAGCAUUGAUGACCUCAGAGCUGAGAUCGCCCUGGCUGAUGGGCGUCUAAUGGGUGUGGCCCAGGAGCUGAAUGUCACAGCGGCCCAGGAUAGUGAACUGAACCGGAUCCUGGGUGUCCUGGAGAAAGAGCUCAUCGACAUCAACAUCACGGUUGCCAAAAAACACCGCCAUCUGGAAAACUAUCUGACCUCAGGAUUUGCAGAUCAGUUUGAAAACAUAAAGAAGUACUCCCGGGAGUCGACGGAGGCGGAGAAGAGAUGUAACGCCUCGGUGUCUGGUCCCUCCAGCCCUGUGAUGCAGUCUAAAGACACCCGCAAGCGCACCGAGAACCUGCUGGAUGCCAAAAAAGACCGGUUCCUCCGUACAGUCACCGCUCAGAAGAAAUCUCUAGACGAGCUGCAGCAUAAAGCCCAGGACUUGGACAGGAAGGUCUAUCACCUCAGUCAUAAGGUGUGUGGUGGUCAUGGCAACGCCUCUGCCAAUGGCAGCUGUCCAUCCAGCCCAUGCGGUGGCGCAGGUUGCCGUGACGCUGAGGGCCAGAGUGUGUGCGGCGGAGAAGGGUGUAACGGGACGGUGAGCGCCUCUCUGACGGCGCUGAAACUGGCCCGGGAUCUCACAGACAACCUGACCGCCGCCAGUGAGGAGCUGCAGGCCACAGCCAGGAAGCUCCAGGACAUAGCUGCUCUGACCCUGGAUGUAAAGAGCCAAGCGAAGAAGACAUUGGACAAAGCCCGGAAAAAGAAGGACCAGUUUGAAAACUCCAACAAGAAGCUCAAAGACUUCAUAAAGAAGAUCAGAGACUUCCUCACCGAGGAAGGAGCGGACCCCGAGAGUAUAGAGAAAGUGGCACUGCAGGUGUUGUCCAUCACACUGCCUGUCAACAGGACCACUGUGAACAAGGUGGUCCAGCAGAUAAAGGACACUCUGGCCAACCUCACUGACAUUGAGGGUGUCUUCAACUACACCUCACAGCAACUUGCGAAGGCCAAGGACCUGCUUGAAAAGGCCAAAGAUGCCAAGCUCCGUGCGGAGAAAGUGAAGGAAACGGCCAAUAUUACCAGGGAGGCUCUGGACGUGGCUGGGAGGGCCAUAGAUAAAGCCAGUACCGCCCUGGACCACGCCCGCCACAAUCUCGACAGAAGUAGAAAUGCAACUGUUACGGUGGGUGAGAGGCUCAAGCAGCUGGAGGACAAGCAGAUGGAAGCCAUGAUGCGUCUGGCCAACCUCUCGCUGGCGGUGGAGUCCCUCAGGAACAAGACGGAGCAGAACAGAGAGAUGGCCCGGGACGCCAGGGCGCUGGCUAAAAACGCCACACACCAAGCUUCCACGCUCCCGCAUCGGCUGAAUGAGACAGAGGAGCGAUACCGGGAGCUGCAGAUGAAGGUGGACUCUCUCGGCACAGAGGCAGGAGGGCUGGACAGCAUUGACCAGAAGGCUAAAAACAUGAAAAAGGAGGCGGAGGACCUUUUGAACAAGGCCAACAAGGGCAUAGACCAGCUCAAGAAGUUGGAGAAAAAGUUCAAGAAUAACGAGCAGCGGAUGCAAAAGCAGCGAGACGAGCUGGCCGAGCUAGAGAAAAACGCCACCAUGGUACGAGAGGAGAUUCGAGACCAGGUGCACAAGUACAGCAACUGUUAGUGCUGACGUCACCGCCUCCUGUUUACUGUCCUGCUGCUGUAGUCCUUUUCCUUACACAGAUAGCAUCCGGAUGUGGGCCACUUCAGGCAAUGAUGCGGCACUGAUGGCCUUCUUCUGGCCCUGACAAAAUGGAUGUGAGCCUGAAGUUGCCCACAUGUAUAAUAGCAAAUAUGGCCCAAACAUGCCAAAUCAGAUGUGGGCCUUUUUUGGCAAAGAUGCGAUGCUCUCGGCAACAUGUAAUCUGGAUGUGACCCUGAAGUGGCCCGUGUGGUAAAUGGUGAAUAUGGCCCAAAUAUCACUGAACAAAUACGGGCCACCUCUGGCAAAUAUGUGGCACAUAGGACAUUGCUAUGGCUUGGUUCUGGCCCAGAUCUGGCAAACAGGAGCGGACCACCCAAGUGACAUCAUUCCACGCGGUAUGUGGGCCGGAUGAAAGAAAGAUGAAAGUUGGGUGUAGGACGGGUCUGGGCCACAGCAAUUUUGCUAUCUGGGGCAAGGGCAGAAUUACACUGCAUGACUCCUGUGGUCACUGGGGUUGGAAAAAACUACAAAUCCCUUGCUGAGAUGAAAACAAGCAAAGCACUGGUCCUACCUACAUUCAUUCACCGCUCUUUUAAGUAUUACACAUUUGCUAUCAAGUGUUUUAUUGCAUAAUUGCCUCUUUUUUGUCCAUGACUGUAUUACUUUUUGACCCAAGGAUAUUGGCACCACCUGGCGUCUGUGUCUCCAGGCCAACCGAGAAUAUUUGUUGAAUUGUGUAUGUCCAGGAUAACUGAUUUCCGAAACAAUGAGAAGAAAUAUAAUAGAGUAUGCUAUCAGAAAAUUAUAAUUUUGACUGAAAGCUCUUUCAAGAUGUUAUUUUGUCUCUGCUGUUAUUCAACCACAGUACUUACAUGCUAUUUACAGUAUGACAUUUCUACCGAGAAGGUAACGUUUUAUAUAGACGACUGCCAGAUGUUUCCCUUUAUUUUUGUUACAAAAUGUGGCCUUGAUGAAAUAAAAUCAAAUGCAUACGCACACUCCUCUGCAAGUAAAUGCCGUUGCAAAGUGUUAUCGAAAGACAUGGAAGACAAAAUAAAUACGAUACGUGCAAAUG